GGCUAUAAAAAAUAUGAAUUUUUGAACUUGCCACAAAAAAAGUUGAAGCUCUUUCUUUCCCUUCGAUUAUCUCACUAAAAACGUGUAGAAUGGCCGAUACAGCAGUGAAACAGCCAAAAGCGGCUGCUCCAGCCAAAAAAGAAAAGAAAACAGAAAAAGCUGCUCCAAAACCAAAAGAAGCAGUUGCAGUAACACCUAGACCUUUCAAACGUUAUGGACGUCUUUGGUCAAAGGCUGUAUUUACUGGAUUCAAACGUGGAUUGAGAAAUCAACACGAAAAUCAUGCCUUGCUUAAGGUUGAAGGAUCACGUAGCCGUAAAACUUCCUUGUUCUAUGUUGGCAAACGCUGUGCAUUUGUAUUCAAAGGAAAAUCGAAGAAAUCAUCCCCAACCAAUUCAAAGCAUAAGUCACGCAUACGUGCAAUUUGGGGAAAAGUUACUAGACUCCACGGUAACAAUGGAUGCGUUCGUGCUCGUUUCAAGACAAAUUUGCCAGCUGAUGCCAUCGGUCACCGUGUCAGAAUUAUGCUUUAUCCAUCAAGGAUCUAAACAUACUUCCUUAAAUAAAUGGAUUUAAGAAAUGAAACAACAAAUUUGAAUAAAAUAUCCAUUGAAUUCAGUUCC